AUGCAUAAAAGCGGAAAAUCUGGAGGUAGUUGUGGAAAAGGUAGCAGCGGUUCAUCCGCAAAAUCUUCGGCAAAUGCUCGCUCGAAUGCUUACAAUACAACCGCCCGAUCUUAUAAUCCAACUGUUCAGAGUAACACGGGUGGAAAAACUUCCAGAUCAAGUCAUAAUGCCGCAGCAAGAAACAAUGACAAUGUUAGGAAUGCUAAUAGUUCGGGUUUUGAUUCUUUUUAUGAAGGAAAGGAUAACACGACACGUGAUGAUGAACUUGUCGAAUUUAAUGAUUUUAAUGAAGGAAUAAACAUGAAUAGCAACAAUAAACUUGAUUUGAAUAUUAGUCGUUUUGACGACCAGGAAGGUUUCGUCGCGAGCGAAACUUACAGUGGUGUUAGUUAUGACCGAGAAGCUUUUGCCAAGAAUGAUCCUUGUACUAGUCCUAGUUAUAAUCAGAAGGAUUUAGGCUCAAAUAAUUCUUCUUGCACCAGUGCUGCUAUAGGUCAUCAUCGUAAAGUUUUGGUUUCGAGUGGUUCUUGUACCAGCGUCGAUAGCAACAUGGAAUCUUUAAUCUCCAGCAAUUCUUGCGGUGACGAUGUGGUAGAACAUUAUAUUUCCUCCUCCAAAGAAAUUUCCAAUCAUAAAAAAUUUCGGAAAUCGCAAAAUCAAAAAUACAAAUGUAAUCAAGAAAAUUGUGGAAAGACAUUAUUUUCAAAAAGUUCCCUUCUAAAACAUCAAAAGUUACAUUUGGGAUUUAAACCAUUUAAAUGCGAUGAAAUUGCUUGUGAAAUGAAAUUUGCCAAUUUAAAAGGGUUAAAAACUCAUCAAAAAAUUCAUACAGGGGAUUGUCAUUAUAAAUGUGACGAAUGUGGAAAAGUUUUCAUGACUCAUAUUCGUUUGCGUCAACAUAUCAAGGUUCAUACCGAAAUACGCCCUUACAAAUGCGAAGAGUCUGGUUGCAUAAAGACUUUUAUUUUGCCCCAUCAAUUAACAGAACAUAUUAGAAUUCAUACGGGCGAACGUCCGUACAAGUGUAAAGAACCUGGGUGUGGAAAGUGUUUUGCGCGAUCAAAUAUGUUGUCGCGUCAUAAAAGGAUCCACACCGGUGAACGUCCCUACAAAUGUAAGGAACCUGGAUGUGGAAAGUGUUUUACUCGAUCAAACAUGUUGUCGCGUCACAAAAGAAUUCAUACGGGAGAACGACCCUACAAGUGUAAGGAACUUGGAUGUGGAAAGAGUUAUAUUCAAUGGGGUCAUUUGCAACGUCAUAUGAUAAGCCAUACCGGUGAACUUCCGUACAAAUGCAACGAACCCGGAUGCGAGUUGAACUUUCUUCGAUCGUAUGAAUUAAAAGAACAUAUAACAUCUCAUACCGGAGAACCAUCUAAUGAUAAUGAUUCGAAUCCUACAUUAUAUAAUGAAAAGGGUAAUGAUUUGUCACACAACAUGGGAGAGGAAUCCUUUAUGGUGGAUUAUAGUGACUCAGAAAUUGAAACCAUAGUAGAUGAUGUCAGUAGUGAUACGAUCGAUUCUGAUGAGUUGGAUAUCGAAUUCGAUAGAGAUGAGAGUAAUAACGUUGAUACAGGAAUUGAUGACCUCGCGAAAGAUUCAGGGCUAUUGCAGCAAAAGAAAUAUAGAUGUGACCAAGCUGGUUGUAGAAGAAAAUUUUCUUCUAUUUCCAUGUUUCAGCAUCAUCAAAAAAUGCAUUCAAGAGAGAAACGUUAUACGUGCAAUGAACCUCUUUGUGAAAAGCGAUUCUCUCUGAAAAGUUAUUUGAAAAUUCACAUGAGAACUCAUACCGGUGAAAAGCCAUAUAAAUGUAAGGUAUUGGGUUGCGGAAAGAGCUAUGGUAGAUCUAGUCAUUUAUCGGAUCAUAUGAGAAAACAUACCGGAGAACGCCCGUACGCAUGUUAUUAUGCUGGAUGUGAUAAAAGAUAUUCCCGAUCCGGUCAUUUAAUAGAUCAUGUGAGAACUCAUACCGGUGAGCGUCCAUACAAAUGUACUGCGCUGGGAUGCGGGAAGAGCUUCACUCAAUCCGGUCAUUUUACUCGGCACAUGAAAAAUCAUGAUGAAAAGGUUUCAAUCGCAUGCGAUCAACCUGACUGUGAAUAUCCUCAAUCAAAUUCUUUAAAGAAGAAGAAGCACACGAGAACCCAUAUCGACGGGAUUUGUUCUCCCGGUAAAGAUAACAAAUCAUUUGAAUGCAAGGAACCAGGAUGCGGCAAGAAUUUUUCUAAACUUUAUAACCUAACGCGUCAUAUGAAAGUUCACACUGGUGAAAAACCGUAUAAAUGUGAUGAACCUGGUUGUGAAAAAAGAUAUGCUCAAUCCGAUCAUCUAAAAGAUCAUAAAAGAAUUCACACUGGUGAACGACCAUACAAAUGUAACGAGUGUGAGAAAAGCUUUACUCGAUCAUACUAUUUAAAAGAUCACAAGAGAAUCCAUACUGGUGAACGUCCGUACAAAUGUGAUGAAUGUGGGAAGAGUUUUCCUCGGUCUAAUUAUUUGGCAAAUCACAAGUUAAUUCAUAUUAGCGAAAAGCCGCAUAAAUGUAAAGAACCUGGUUGCGAAAGGAGUUUUAUUCGAGCGGAUCAUCUAAAGUAUCAUAUGAGCAACCAUACAGGAGAACGCCCACACGAAUGUGAAGUACCCGAAUGUGGAAAAAGGUUCUCUCGAUUACAAUCCUUGUUGAGACAUAAAAGGAUUCAUACUGUGAAAUGCGACGGGAGUGUUUGA